AUGGGGAUUCAGGAAGUGCCAGACAUGUCUACAUCUCUUGAAGAAGCACAUUCAUCAGAUUAAUUCAGUACAUCCUAUAAAGAAGUCCUUAAUGCUAGUAACAUGAAAAAGUCUGAAGUUUCUGGAGUCAUGACUAAAGCUGACAUCAAACCAAAAGCUAUACAUGAUGCCGAAAAAUGGUCACAUGAUGUAGAGAACUUAUACAGAUUUCAGCAAGCUGGAUACAGGGAUGAAGUUGAAUAUAAACAAGUAAAACAAGUUGAUACGGUAGAGUAUUGGCCAGAAACGGGAUUUGUUAAGAAACUUCAGAGAAGGGACAAUACAUUCUAUUAUUACAAUAAGCAAAGAGAAUGCAAAGACAGUGACGUCCACAAAGUGAAAGUUUAUGUGUAUUAG